AUGAACGUCAACGACGGAUUUUUUCGAAAUUGGAUGGUGAAAUCGAAGAAAAAUCAAAGAGGAAAAACCCUGAACCUAUUGACCGUGCAAGAAGGACUAUCCUCCGAACAGAAGAGGACUAAACGCCAUGGCAACGUUUUCGAUUCAACUUCCAGCGCCAGCUCUGAUCUGGCGUGGAAGAACAACAACAAUAACACGAAGACAAGUUUGAAUGGAUCUGCUUCGACAAGAUCGAAUUACUCAUCUGCUGAUGGAAAGAUCACUUUUGAUGUUUUAGCAAUUACCGAGGGACGCGGGGAGGCCUCGUGCGAAGUGGGAAUAGCCUGCUUGAACAUCGCCGAAUCAUCAUUGGUGCUAUCGCAAAUUUCGGAUACAUCCAGUUACGUAAACGUUUUGACGAAGAUCAACAUUAUGGGACCGAACGAGAUUGUUAUACCAUUGACUAUGGUGCAGAGUCGAUUGACUGCGAAGUUGAAGCAGCAGUUCCAAGGUUUAAAGAUCACGGCUAUCACAAGGCAAUGCUUUAACAAAGCGAACGGUAUUGAAUACGUGAAGAAAGUUUGCGCGCCCGCUUGGAACUCCAUCUUCCUGAUUCUGCAGCACAAAUAUUACGCGCUGGCAGCGACGAGCGCCUUGUUCGCGUACAUCGAAAGCAAACUGUACAAGUACUUUGCAAGCGAAUCGAUGAAGGUCGAGUAUCAAGAGUCCGAGGGUUACGCGAUCAUCGACGUCUUCACAGCCGAUAAAUUGGAACUGGUGGCUUGCGCCUUGCCAUCCUCCGACUCGAAAUACUCCAGUCUCCGGGGAAUACUGAACCAUUGCGUUACGAAGAUCGGCUCUAGAAUUCUUCGCGCUACGUUGCUGCAACCACCGUGCUCACUGCAGGACAUCGAGGAGCGACUGGAUUGCGUCGAAGAGCUGAUCCGUAAUCCAGACAAGAUCUAUGCAAUACAAGAACAUUUGAAAAAGUUGACCAACGUGGAUCAACUUCUGACGCUCGGAACUAUUCUUCCGGAUCAGGCGAACAACUGCUCAGGUCGUCAGCUGAAUUACAUAAUGUUGUUGAAUUCGCUGCUGAGAUUGCUCGAACCACUGCUGGAGGUACUCGAAAACUUGCCGCAGCAAUUCUUCGUCGAAGUUAGGGAGUGUUUGGGAUGCGAGGAAUUGGCUAAAUUGAAAACAAUGGUCUCAGAACUGAUUCAUUGCGAGGCGUCGCCUAGGUCCGGUGAACGCGGCACCAUGGAGAGGUGCUUCGCCGUCAAAGCCGGCGUCAACGAGUUCUUGGACAUCCUGCGGGAAAAUUAUACGAAACGCCUGAACAGCAUGAACGAGUACGUUCAAGAGUUGGCGCGCGAGCACAAUCUCAACUUGAAGUUGGUGGAAAACACCAAGAAGGGUUAUCACAUCGUUCUGCCGCUCGACAAGCGCGAGAUGAGAGCUUCCAAAAUGCCAAUUCUGCCCAAGGAAUUUAUCCAGGUGCAAAGGUUGAACACGCAAAUGACGAUGAAGACGAUGCAGAUUCUGAUGCACACGGCCCGUCUGGACGACGUCACCGUUGAAAUCUUGAAAUUGAGCAACGUGAUCAUUUACUAUCUGCUGCUCGAGACGCAAAAGAAUCUGCCGAUCUUCUACAAAGUGUGCGAGCUGGUGGCAAAACUGGAUCUGAUUCAAUCGCUGGCGAAGGCGAGCUGCGAUUUGAAGUACGUGAGGCCGAAGUUUCUCGAUUUCCUUGAGAUUCACGAUGGAAGACAUCCACUUCUCGAUUACCUCUCCGACAUCGAACCGGUGCCAAACUAUACGUUCGCAUCUCCUUACCACAACAUGCACAUAGUCACCGGCCCGAAUGGUUCGGGAAAGUCGAUUUUCAUCAGGCAAAUAGUGCUGCUGCAGGUGAUGGCUCAGAUCGGUUGUUUCGUGCCCGCUUCCUCUGCGACGUUCCGCAUUGCCGACAGGAUUUUCGCCAGGAUUUACUUGGAGGAUAACAUGGACUGCGGUGCAUCUGCAUUCACCCUGGAAAUGAAGGAGAUCAAAUACUUCCUCACUGCGAUGACCAAAAGUUCGUUGAUAGUCGUCGACGAACUGUGCCGUUCCACGUCGAUCAAGGAUGGAACAGCACUGGCCGCUGCCAUCUGCGAGAAAUUCAUCACGCAACCGGCUUUCAUCUUCUUCACCACUCAUUACACGGACAUCACCAGAUUGUCGCAACUAUACUACGGCGUGCAAUGUUGGCAGAUGGAGGCCACCGUUGUGGAAGGUCCCAACAGGAGACAUCUAAAGUGCACUCACCGAGUCCUCCCUGGAGUUACUUGCCUCAAGGAAUACGCCAUUUACUUGGCCAAAUGCAGCUGGCACGAAGACACCAUCGAAGACGUCGAACUUAUCCUCGAGCAACUGCAAAAACCAAAAGAUCUGCAGAUGCGGUACGCCAUAGAACCACCGGCUCGCCUCAAAUACGAUCUGGAAUCGGAACUGAAAAUCAUGAAGAGCAAAUCAGAAUUGACCGUUUCCGCGCUCCACGAUAAGCUAACCGCCUACCAGAUUGAUCUAGAGAAGUUCGGAAUCACGAUGCGAUUGGAUGAAAUACGUGCACCUGGAGGGAAUGAAAUGAAAGCAGUAGACAACGAUAUGCAGGAUGAUGAUGAUGAUGACGACGAUCACGUAAACGUUGAAGAAUAUGAAAAUGAAAUGGAAAUCAACGAAAAGUACGUGCUCGAAUUCGAGAGUUCAAAGAGUUUCGUUACAGCAGAGGUGGAAGCAGAAUCGCCGCAUCCAGAUAAUAAUAAUGCAUGCGAUUUAAAAAAACCCAAAUCACCGGAUUUAUUAUCGGUGAAUGAGCUUCAGUUUGCCGUGAAUCUGCUGCGAGGAGAGAAUUUCAGGACUUCAACUCCGAUUUCGAGUGUCCGCAAUAUCGAUAAUGGGGAAUCGGAAAAAGUCGACGAUGUGUUGUUGGAGGUCGUGCAGAAUGAACAAAGUCGCGGCUGGGAAAAUAUAGAGGGUCGCUCAUUUGAUUGCACGAAAUUGGUGAACGAUUUCAUCGAGAACCCGAAGCACAUCCUCUCCGAUAUUUCACGGAUCAUCUGCGAACUUUCGAUGGAUUCGCGUCAGUGCACGGAGAUGAACGAGAUUGAAAAAGAUUCUGACCGAAAGGAGGAUAUCGACGACAGCAUUUUCCUUCAAAAUACGGUGCCGAUCGACUGCGAACAAAGUUGGCAGAAGGAGGAAAGACGCAUUUGGUCAUUAAAUAUUAAUGCAGAAUUCGAAGCGAACGACAACGUGAACGAUUCGAUUAAUUUGAAUGACGAAUGGAUUGCGAACAACUCAAAAAAUGGAGGAAAAUGUAAUUCCACAUUGCCAAAAUUGGACGCGUUUUCUGUAGAUUUGGGAAAUGCAGAAUUGAGGAAUAUCGAUGGGGGGAAUGUUAUUUAUGAGUCGCCGUCGUCAUCAUUGAUUGCUGGCGGUGGUAAACGAUUCAAAUUGAAUCUGGAAACCGAUGGUAGCAAUCAAAUGAUGAUGAAACCAUUAUCAAAUAUAUUUGAGGAGCCUGCGGCCUUUGCCGACUUCUCCUAUCAAGACGAGGACGGACGCAUAAGUGUGGAAAAGCACGAAAAAGUUAAACCAGCACGACCGUCAUCGUUGAACGAAGAAUUGUCUACGCGGAAUACGGAUUGCGAGGAUGUAGGUGGAGGAGCGGAAUUUUCCUCCUUCGACGAUUAUCAAAGUAGUUUACGGAAGAAGGCGGUGCACGAGUUGAGCGUGAAGGAGAUCAACAGUUUAUACCGAGCGAAGGAUAUGGAGCUGAAGGAGAGCGGUGACGUGGAGGCAUACGGAAACGAAAUCGCGAACAGACCGAACGCGAAACAGAUUCGAGCGAUCGAGAGUAUCGCGACGGCGUUUCGAACGGCCAACGGUUCCGUCGCCAUUCCGAGCACCUCCAAGAGGAAACCGAAACGCCCGAACAAGUCUCGAUUUCAGACGCCGCUCAAGUUUGGCGCUUCGUUCGACGUGAGCGUCUUCAGCGACAAGAACUCGACGAUCUUCCACGAAUUGAUGCGAUCGGAUAAAAGUGGACGCGGCGACGAUUUCGAUUACAUGAAAUUCAAGGCUACAUUCGAUAAGAACGCGACCACCUCGUCCUGUCCUCAUCGGUCGUCAGAUGGGAAAACCGAUUUCUACAAGAGAAACGAAGACGAGAUGAACAGAAUAAUGCAGAAAUAUUUACAAGAUAAGUGAAACUAUUUUACAUUAUUUAGAGGCGUUAAAGGGGGAUUCGAAAAUCUUUUGAGGGUUGGAAAUCAAGUUGAGUUGUUGCUUUCGUUGUAUUUUUUUCUUUUCUUAGAAAAGUGCAUUCUUUAUUUAUUUAUUAUUGGUUCGAUUCAUCCAGUAGUAUCAUUAUUUUUCCUUUCUCAUUAUUAAAUACAAAUGCUCUAUAGAUGGAAUCUGUAUGUACAAAUAUUUCGCGUGCCCAUCUCGUAAAACACGGAACAUUCAUAUAUUUUUUUAUAUAUAUAUAUAUAAUUGUACAAAAAAUAAUAUUAUUAUAUUGAGGAUGGAGGGCGGGAAGGGGGUUGGGGGUGUGUGUGUGUACGGUGUUGAUGGUGGUAGUAAGUAGUAGUAGUAGUAGUAGUAAAUACAAAUA